AAGAGCCUGACAAUGGACGCCGUUCACCUCAGCAUGUCCAGCGCUCCCCUCGUGAGGCAGCCUUCAGGAGGUGGACCCAAGACCAACAGGCCCCGAGUCAUGUCCAAGAGUGGGCACAGCAAUGUGCGAAUUGACAAAGUGGAUGGCAUAUACUUACUGUACCUUCAAGACUUGUGGACCACCGUCAUCGACAUGAAGUGGAGAUACAAGCUCACCCUGUUUGCCGCCACGUUCGUGAUGACGUGGUUCCUUUUUGGAGUGAUCUACUACGCCAUCGCGUUCAUUCAUGGGGACUUAGAACCGAGCGAGGACGUUUCAAAUCACACCCCCUGCAUCAUGAAGGUGGACUCUCUCACUGGGGCGUUUCUCUUUUCCCUGGAAUCCCAGACGACCAUUGGCUACGGAGUCCGUUCCAUCACGGAGGAAUGCCCUCAUGCCAUUUUCCUGUUGGUCGCUCAGCUGGUCAUCACAACCUUGAUUGAGAUCUUCAUCACAGGCACCUUCCUGGCCAAGAUUGCCAGACCCAAAAAGCGGGCGGAGACCAUCAAGUUCAGCCACUGCGCGGUCAUCACCAAGCAGAACGGGAAGCUGUGUUUGGUGAUCCAGGUGGCCAACAUGAGGAAGAGCCUCCUGAUCCAAUGCCAGCUCUCUGGCAAGCUCCUGCAGACCCAUGUCACCAAGGAGGGGGAGCGGAUCCUGCUCAACCAAGCCACCGUCAAAUUCCACGUGGACUCCUCUUCGGAGAGCCCCUUCCUCAUUUUGCCCAUGACAUUCUACCACGUGCUGGAUGAGACGAGCCCCCUGAGAGACCUCACGCCCCAAAACCUGAAGGAAAAGGAGUUUGAGCUCGUCGUCCUCCUCAAUGCCACCGUGGAAUCCACCAGCGCGGUCUGCCAGAGCCGCACGUCUUAUAUCCCAGAGGAGAUCUACUGGGGCUUUGAAUUUGUGCCUGUAGUUUCUCUCUCCAAGAACGGAAAGUACGUGGCUGAUUUCAGUCAGUUCGAACAGAUCCGAAAGAGCCCAGAUUGCACCUUUUACUGUGCGGAUUCUGAGAAGCAGAAACUUGAGGAGAAGUACAGGCAGGAGGAGCAGAGGGAAAGGGAGCUGAGAACUCUUUUGUUACAACAGAGCAACGUCUGAUGUCAGUGAACGCCCCGGGUUGAACCCUGGGAGCCCUUUCCGCGUCCGAGCUCCCUUAGAAUGCAGAGGUC